AGUCUCCUCACUAUCAUGCAUCGUCUGAUUUAUCUCAUAGAGUAAUAUAGAGAGGGCCUUACAUAUCUCAGCUGCACAAGAAAGUGAAGCGCAAAAGGUUUAUGAUUGCCAGUUUAAGUGGAUAGUACACAAAAAUUAUUGUACAAUAUAUGGUAAAACGAUUCACCUGUAAUGCCGUUAUCUUCGAUACAUUUGUUAUCUCGUGUGUUGUUUCCCUCUAAUAUGCCAUGUGUUCUUAAUUUCAUUAUUGUUGUUUACUGUUUAGUAUCUUUUUUCUAUGGUUUAGACGGUAUAGUGUAAUAUUCAUGCGGUAUGAUCGUUCAGUAAUUCAGUUAUUACUCUUUACUUUCGUUAUUGCGUUUAUUUUGCAACUUGCUUUUACUGUUUUUAUUUCUUUUUGCUGGUAAUAUUAAAAAUGCCUAGUUGUCUAGUUUGUGGAAGAACGAACAAUGCCAAAGCUAAAUCGGCUAAUAUAACUUUUCAUAGAUUUCCGCUUAAAGACACUUACAAGAAUAAAUGGUACAAUUUUUUGGGAGAAAAUGGCAUACUACCUGAUAAAGUAUCAAAGACAAGUUUAGUUUGUUCAGCACAUUUUGACGAAUCAUUUUUUGUAAUGGGGAAGAGUAGAAGACUGUUACUUAAACAUGCUAUUCCAACUAAAAUUAUCAACAGAAUAAAAUGUGCUAAACAACAAUACUCAGAAACUGUAACCAACUUGCCUGUAAUUAAAACUUUUUAUACUAGUUCUGCUAGCGAUUCAGUUGAAAAUAUUGCUUCUUUAAAUGUUACCAGAACUUUAGUAAAGUGUCCUUUGAGCAAUAUAGAGGUGGACAGAGUAUCUUUGUUGGAACAAGUUCAAUCAAGUUCUACUGAAGAAGAAGGAGUACUACCAUUAGACAAUUCUUCUGUAUCAAUGAUGAAUUGUGAAACAAUCACAUCAAAAAAAAAUAUCUCGAAUGUACUUGACUCAUCCACAAUGUCCAUAGACACUGAGAUAGUUCCAGAUGACACUCCACGCAAAAUCGCAUUGAAAAAAAAUCUUCGCCAACUAUCACAUGAAGUCACAAUCAAAAAUAUUAAAAUGAAAACCCUUCAGCAAAAAAUAAGGCGCCAAAGUAAAAGAAUUUCAUCUAUGAAGAAUAUAAUUUCCGAGCUUCAAAAACAAAAUUAAAUUGACGAGGAAGCCAGUUAUACCCUGUCUGAGUCUUUUGGAUUAAAUGUUGAGCAGAGAUUGGGAUA